UUUUCUGCUGGGAUUGUUAAGGGCAUGAGGUUGAACGGAGAGAUCUCUUCGUUUCUAAAUGAGGAGGAGAAGGAAAACGAGAUGAAUUCACAGUUGUAUUCGAUUGGUCCUGGGUUUCCGCAUCCGCAGAAACUCGUGGUUGGAUACGCUUUAACGUCUAAGAAGACUAAGAGCUUUAUGCAGCCAAAGCUUCAGGGAUUGGCUAGGAAUAAGGGGAUAAUAUUUGUUGCAAUUGAUCAAAGCAGACCACUUUCUGAUCAAGGUCCUUUUGACAUUGUUUUACAUAAGUUAUCAGGGAAGGAAUGGCGCCAAAGAAUUGAGGAUUAUAGGCUUAAACAUCCUGAAGUUACCGUCCUUGAUCCUCCAGAUGCUAUACAACAUGUACACAAUCGCCAGUCCAUGCUCCAGGAUGUAGCCGAGCUUAACCUAUCUGACUGCUAUGGCCAAAUUGGUGUUCCAAGGCAGUUGGUCAUUAAAAAGGACCCAUCAUCCAUUCCUGAUGCAGUUAGUAAAGCUGGGUUGAUGCUGCCUCUAGUUGCAAAGCCACUUGUUGUUGAUGGAACUGCGAAGUCUCAUGAACUAUCUCUUGCAUACGAUCAAUUCUCCCUCUCGAAACUUGAACCUCCUCUUGUUCUACAGGAGUUUGUCAAUCAUGGGGGUCUUCUCUUUAAGGUUUAUAUUAUAGGUGAAGCUAUAAAAGUGGUCCGGCGUUUCUCUUUACCUGACAUCGAUGAACGUGAACUUUUAUUCAAUGCUGGUGUGUACCGUUUCCCUAGGGUUUCUUGUGCUGCUGCUUCAGCAGAUGAGGCAGAUCUGGACCCCUGUGUUGCUGAACUUCCCCCACGACCUUUACUUGAGAGGCUUGCAAGAGGGCUCCGACGUCGGCUGGGUCUCCGGCUGUUCAACAUAGAUAUAAUUCGAGAGCAGGGAACCAAAGAUCGCUUUUAUGUUAUUGACAUAAACUACUUCCCUGGGUAUGGUAAAAUGCCAGAAUAUGAGCACAUAUUUACAGACUUCCUCCUGAGCCUGGUACAGGGAAAGAAAAAGAAACGGUCUAUAACUGUUGAAGGCAUCCAUGGAAAAGCAAAGAGAGACAUUGUUGCAGAAUGUUACAGUGAUGUUUAAAUGUGUUUUCACAGGAAUAUAUUUUUUUGCCCCAUCCUUUACUUUGAUGUACAGCAUCUUGUAUAACCUAUGCUUGCUGCUGCAAGGUUUACACAGGGAAAGGUGGAAAAAGCUAUUUCUCAUUUAACUA